CUCACAAUGUCAAGGGUUUGUGAUUUCUCGAACUCCACACAAACCCUUGACCUAAGUCGCUAUUUAAAUGUCGGGCUCACGCUCAACAAUACGUAAUAAUCUUAAAAAUAGACUGUCCAAUGAAAUAACUCCUUUCAAAGCGUAGUUUGGGCUGAGUACAAAGAUGGCGGAUCUCGAAAAGAAAAUAUGUGAAAAAUUCAAUUUGAAUAGUCUUACCGAAAACCAAAAGCUUGCAAUAUCCAGCUUGAGAGAAAAUCGUGAUAUAUUUAUUGGAACGAAGACAGGGAGUGGCAAAUCAUUGACUUAUCAAUGUGUUCCAAUUGUGUACGGCGAAAAUUCUGUAACUGUUAUAAUCGCCCCCUUGAUCAGCAUCAUGAAGGAGCAAGUUGAAAGUCUCUCCAGCUUGGGAUAUAGGGCAGUGUAUAUAGAAGGGUCAACUGACGUAGAGAGAGUGGCAAGCGGUUACUAUAACUUUGUUUUUGGAAGCCCCGAGGUCCUGGUUGGAGAAACAAAGUGGAGGGAUGCACUAAAGAACCCAGAGUUCAAGAAAAGACAUCGCUUGAUUGUGGUAGAUGAAGCUCAUACCAUCAUUCAUUGGGGAGAAGGGAAAAAUCAACAGGAAGCUGCAUUCCGCGAGUGGUUUAGUCACAUAGGUGAACUACGUUCUCUCUGUUUAAAGGUUCCUUGUUUGGCAUUGACUGCUACAGCAUGUCCAAGUCAUAGAAGAAAAAUCAUGUCAAAAUUGUGCUUCGGAAAAAAUGCUUGUGUGAUAUCUGACACCCCUGAUAGAAAAAAUAUUAAAAUCAGUGUUACGAAGAUAAAACAAAAUGAUGACCUUGAUGUCAUUUUUUCAUCGAUUAUUGAGGGACUUGACAAGGAGAAAGACCAAUUUCCAAGACAUCUUAUUUUUUGCAAUAGCAUUAAAGAUUGUUCACUAAUAUAUAUGACUUUUUUAAAACAUUUUGGAAAGAGUCACUUUUUUAACAUGUUCCACAGUAAAACAACAGAUUGUGUGAAGGACAAAAUUAGAGCUGAUAUGGGAAAUCCAAAUGGACAGCUUAGGAUUCUUAUAUGUACAAAUGCUGCUGGCAUGGGGGUGAACUAUUCUGAUUUGUACAACGUUAUUCAUUAUGGACCCCCAGUAGAAAUUGACACGUUUGUUCAACAGAUGGGCCGUGCUGGGAGAGACAACAACCAGUCCCAUGACCUGAUUAUCUAUAAAUCUGCACAACUUAAAAAAAUUGAUAAUGACAUGAAAGACCUUGUUGUGUCUGACAAGUGUAGAAGAUUGAUUUUAACAAAUUCAUACAUGUGUGAUCCUGCUAAGGACAUUAAGGGACAUUUUUGUUGCGACAUUUGUGAGCGUAAUUGUAAAUGUGGAGAGGAACUAUGCCCUUAUAAACAUCCAAUUGUCAGACUCCAAAUGCCUGAUACCGAUUCAAAAUCUGAUGACAGUGAUGUAACAACAACCGAUGAAGAAACUGAUUGACCAUUGAUGUAUUCAUGAUAAGAUAGAAACAUUGCUUUUAAAUAAUUGAGAUUUUUUAUUAUUGAAUUAAGAGUUUUAGAAUAAAUAUUUAAUUGACUAUUGUUUAAUAUGAUAAUAAAUAUUUUUUAUUUGAAGUUAUAAAAUUUUCAA